GUUUAAACGGAGACAAGCAAGGAGUCUAGGAGUCAACACUUAUUUCGCCCCAUCACUAAAGAUCGAGACAGCAAUGCAGAUGAUGCGUAUGGUAUGUUGCCUUGUGGUUACCAUGUUACUGGUGUCAACAGUUAAAGGAGGGCUGGAUAGUAGUAUUGAUGAAGAAAUUUCAAAAGAAAAAAGGGAUGAUGGAAAUGAUGUUCUUAUCGACGAUAUUCACGAAGAUGAAGUUUCCAGAACCAAGAGAAACGGCUCGUAUUACUUUUAUUAUUUAAGGAAUGCAACGGAUGAGCUACAGACUGACACACAAAUGUAACCUCAAAUUAACGUUGCAUAUAUUUCACUCUGAGUUGUACAAUUUGGUAAUAUGCAAUGCAUAGGACAAUAUACAGACGUGUACAUUUUGGUAACACAAUCUGUUCAAGUACAAUACCAUUCAGUUAGUUAUGGAGCUGUCCAUCACGAAUCGACGCAUCAUCACUUCAACAACACCGAAAUAUAUAAGUUUAUAUGUAUGGCAUUUGGAA